GCACCUCGAAUGGGCGCUGCUCCCCGGUCAGCAAACUGCACCCUUUUUUUUAUUUUUGUUUUUAUUUUAUUUUUUAAAUAAAAGUUAUUAGUUACCAAACCCUCACUGGUACGUGUGGAUACACUGGUCACCUUUAUAAAGUAAGGUGAUUAAAAACUAGUUUUAAACCGAGUCGGUCCAUUCGAUUCGGAGCCGGAUUCUGCCUCGGACCCGGAGCCGGAGCCGAAGCCGAAGCCAUGGUGCUGCAGCCGCUGGAGUUCAGCGAGUGUUACCUGGACAGCCCGUCGUUCAGGGAGCGCAUCAGAGCGCACGAGGCGGAGCUCGAGAGGACCAACAGGUUCAUCAAAGAGCUGUACAAGGACGGCAAGAACCUGAUCAGCGCCACCAAACAACUGGGCUUGGCCCAGCGCAAGUUUGCCCAGUGCCUCGGCGAGUUCCAGUUCGAGUACAUCGGCGACGCCAGGACGGACGACGAGAAGUGCAUCGAUGAAUCUCUGCGGGAAUUCGCCUCCUUCCUCAAGAACUUGGAGGAGCAGCGAGAGCUCAUGAUGAGGAACAUCACAGAGACCCUGAUGAAGCCGCUGGAGAAGUUUCGCAAAGAGCAGCUGGGUGCUGCCAAGGAGGAGAGGAAGAGGUACGAGAAGGAGACGGAGAAGUACUACAGCGCUCUGGAGAAGCUGCUGACGCUGUCGGCGAAGAAGAAGGAGCAGCACCUGCAAGAGGCAGACCUCCAAGUGGAGCUGAUGAGGCAACAUUUUCAGGAGGAAUCCCUCGAGUACGUUUGCAAGCUGCAGGAAAUCCAGGAGAGGAAGAAGUUUGACUGCGUGGAGCCUAUGCUGGCGUUCUUUCAAACCGUCUUCACCUUCUACCAUCAAGGAUAUGAGCUGGCCAAGGACUUUGACCACUAUAAAAGAGCCCUGCAGAUCAACAUUCAGAAUACGAGGAGUCGUUUCGAGGGCACCAGAUCCGAGGUCGUGGAGCUGAUGAAGAAGAUCAAAGAGUGCCCCCAGCAGCACCGGCAGACCAGCCCCAUCAGCAUCGAGGGCUACCUCUAUGUGCAGGAGAAAAGGCCUCCUCCCUUCGGCUCCAGCUGGGUGAAGAGAUACUGCACUUUCGUCAAGGAGCAGAAGAUCCUGCACAUGGUCACCUUCGAUCAGAGAUCAGGGGGGAAAAUCGGGGAAACGGAAUCCGUCACCUUCAAGUCCUGCGUUCGCAAAACAACCGAUGUGCUGGACCGGCGCUUCUGCUUGGACCUCGAAAUAACGGAUCGGCCAGGGGCGAUGCUCACUGUCCAGACCCUCUCGGAAGAAGACCGCAAGCUCUGGAUGGAGGCCAUGGGAGGGACGGAACCUGUGAACCACUGGGGCAAGACCUACUCCAAAGAAAGGGGAAUCGAUGCCCAGCUGAAUGAAAUUGGGAUUUCGUUUGUGAAGAACUGUAUCAACGCCAUAGAGAAACGGGGUAUCAAUGACCAGGGCCUGUACAGAGUGGUGGGCGUCAGUUCUAAAGUUCAGAAGCUCUUGAAUAUAAUGACAGAUGAGAAAAGCGGGAACGAGGUGGACCUGUCCGCAUCUGACGACUGGGACGUCAAGACCAUAACCAGCGCGCUGAAGCUCUUCCUCAGGAGCCUCCCGGAGCUGCUGAUGACCUACGGCUUGUACAAAGAGUUCAUCCUGCCCGCAAAAUCUGGCAGCCCGGAGUGCCGAGUACAAGUCAUCCACGGCCUGGUCCACAGACUCCCCGAGACCAACCGCCUCGUCCUGGGACUGCUGGUGAAGCACCUGGCCAGGGUGGCGGCCAACAGCAAGCAGAACCUGAUGACGGUGGCCAACCUGGGCGUGGUGUUCGGCCCCACGCUCAUGAGGCCCCAGGAGGAGACGGUGGCAGCCAUCAUGGAGCUCAAGUUCCAGAACAUUGUGGUGGAGAUCCUUAUUGAGAAUCACCAGAAGAUUUUCGGAGACCCCCCCGAUGCGUCGCCGUGCAGCGCCGCGCCGUCGCUCACGACCCCGACCAGGCAGUCCAAGAAGCAGGUCCGCCAGAGCAGGCCGCUGGCCGUCUAUAACCCCCAGGCGUUGGACGUGGAGGCAGCCAACUGCGCGCAGUCCGCCCCCGACGGAGUGUCCUCGGGCAGCAACGAGUCCGUCUCGUCCCAGUCCUCCAACGCUUCGGCGUCCAGCUCGACUCCGGAGACGGGAGACAACAGCCUCGGUUUGACCAUCGGCAGCCUGGUGGACAGCGUGGGGUCGUGCCCAUCCAUGGCCUCCUGGUUGAACCUGGGGGCUUUUAGCUCCGGCGGAGACGCCAAGGCUGCGCCGAAGACUUGUGAGGCUCAAAAGGAGGAGGACGGGCCUGCUGAAUGCCUCAGUGUCACAAACAGGAAGGCCAAGGCGGUGUAUCCGUGCGAAGCUGAACAUGACUCCGAGCUGUCCUUCGAUGUCGGCGCCAUAUUUGACGAUGUGAUUUUCUCCAGGGAACCUGGCUGGCUGGAGGGGGAGCUGGAGGGCAGAAGAGGCCUCAUCCCAGAGAACUACGUGGAAAUGCUGUAGCCAGAGAGAGGGGAAGGGAGCGAGAGCUGGGCGUCCACUUACACAUGGUAUCCAUGGUCCUUGCGUCCCGACACGCACUCGCUCUCCCCUCACAUCCUGUUUCUUAUGCCUCUCUAUCCUCCCGCACCUGCUUCCCUCCCUCACAAAAAUGCAUCGGCUCGGAGACGGGAGACGUGCCCAUAAUAAUAACCACAAUGUCUUGCAGUAAAGGAUUACUUUCGUUUUACGUUUAGAGCUGAAGGUUAAAGUUACAGGAUUUGCAGGUAUUUCUUAAAUAUCUGUUUUAACGUGUAUAUAUGGGUUUGUAUGACAUUGUGUUGUAUAUUAAUUUGGAAAAACAUGGGGUUUCUAUCUUGUAUACUUUUAAAAGUUGAAAUUUCUGCAUGGGUUGAUAUUGCCUUAUUACUCAUUAUAAUAAUCAUGUUGGCCUAAGAUUAUUUGACGGCUAGAGUGCAUGAAGCAAUAUGUAAUAUUACAUUAUAUCCAUGUGUAACUCCACUCCUGUUUGGGGGUGGAAGUCUGAAUGCAGAGGCUGGAGAUGUUGAUGUGAUUCACUUCAGCGAGGAGUAUCUCGGCAUCUCCUCAUUGGUGAACCGGAACGUUCCACCGCAGGGUCUGUUUCCUCCGUUUCAGUGGCGGAAUUAUUUCUGAAAACGAGAAACACCCCCCACACACACACACACACACAC